CAACUGGAUCCUUUCUCCAUAUCCAUCGCUUGUUUUUGAGCCAAUCGCCAUUUCUCAGGCCCCUCGGACCCUGCGUUUCAACGCUUUUGGGUCAGACCGACCAGAGCCCCUCGCGCCCCUCGUUCGGUGUCCUCAGAACUAUGACAUCGUAUGCCACGACCGCCCAGACCAGAUGGAUUGAACAAAAAUGGCAUGCAGUACAGCAUGUAAAUCUUUGUCAACAAUGGUAUUGCUCGUCCCUCGUCGCUCAUCGCUUGAUUUUUCUUCCUUUUUGAAAUUACUCUUUCGUGUGUCGUCGUUACUUGCACCUGCCCCCUCGUCUCUUCCCUCUUUAAUUUUGCGUUUCUCCUCCAUCUAACUGCGCCGCUUUCAUCAUGGCACAACUUCCAUUUAGUGGCGUGCGAACGCCUGUCAGACAAAAUUCCCUUGAUGUGAGAAACGACAUUGUCGUACAACAGAAUCAUUACAUUGGAAUCGAUGUCGGCACAGGGAGUGCUCGUGCCUGUAUCAUCAACGAGGCCGGCGACAUUGUUGGCCUCUCAUCUGAAAACAUUGGCUUGUGGCAGCCCCAGACCGGCUACUAUGAACAAUCCACAACGGACAUUUGGCGUUGUAUCUGCAUCUCGGUCCACCGGGCCAUCGCUCAGAACAACAUCGAUCCCAACUCGGUUCGAGGAAUUGGCUUCGACGCCACGUGCUCGCUCGCCGUCUUCACUCACGACACCGAUGAACCCGUCAGUGUCACCGGACCCAACUUUGACUCAACAGCCAAUGACCGCAAUGUCAUUCUUUGGCUCGACCAUCGUCCCGUCGAAGAAACCAAAAAGAUCAACAACACCAAGCACAACCUUCUCCGAUAUGUCGGUGGUACCAUGAGCAUCGAGAUGGAAAUUCCUAAGGUGCUUUGGUUGAAGAACAAUAUGCCUAAAGAACUUUUUGACCGUUGCAAGUUUUACGACUUGACGGAUGCUCUCGAACACAUGGCCACUGGAAAUGAGAAGAGGAGCUUCUGCUCCGUCGUCUGUAAACAGGGAUACGUGCCUGUGGGGGUCGACGGCAGUGUCAAAGGCUGGCAAGAGGAUUUCUUGAAAGAAAUUGGUCUAGAGGAUCUCGCUGAGGAUGACUUUAAGCGAAUGGGUGGAGUCAACGGGGUGAACGGAGAGUAUCUCUCCGCUGGUGAAUUGGCCGGCUAUCUGUGUGAGAAAGCCGCAGCUGAUCUCGGACUACCUCCUGGAAUUGCCGUCGGUAGUGGUGUCAUCGAUGCCUACGCCGGGUGGAUUGGCACCGUGGGAGCCAAAGUCAACCUCACCCCCGAUGAGCUCGACACCUCCGCAGCAAGCAACGACCAAUCCCAGGCAUUUACUCGUCUGGCCGCCGUCGCAGGUACAUCAACCUGUCAUCUCGUUCUAUCCCCCGACCCAGUCUUCGUCCCCGGCGUCUGGGGCCCCUACCGCGACAGCAUCAUCCCCAACUUCUGGAUGGCCGAAGGCGGACAAUCCGCAACAGGCGAACUUCUCAAACAUGUCCUUGAGACUCAUCCAGCAUACAACCAAGCCCUCUCUAUGUCCCAAUCCAGCCACGACAACAUCUAUGAUUUCCUUAACCAACACUUGAUGGACAUGCAAGAACGAACCUCUGCCCCUAGCAUCAGCUACCUAGGACGCCAUUUCUUCUUCUACGGCGAUCUCUUUGGCAAUCGCUCACCCAUCGCCGACCCCACCAUGUCCGGCUCAGUCGUCGGCUUGUCAAGCGAUAAAUCCCUCGACGGUCUAGCCCUAUACUACUACGGAACCAUGGAAUUCAUCGCCCUACAAACCCACCAGAUCAUCUCAGCCAUGAACGACUCCGGCCACAAAAUCAGCAGUAUAUUCAUGUCUGGCUCACAGUGUCAAAACGAGAUCUUGAUGUCUCUGGUUGCUACUGCGUGUGAUAUGCCGGUGUUGAUCCCUAGAUAUGUGCACGCCGCUGUCGUGCAUGGUGCAGCCAUGCUGGGUGCUAAAGCCGCUAGUGCGGAUGCAUCUGGUAAAACAGAAGAUUUAUGGAAUAUUAUGGAUCGAAUGAGCAAGACGGGGAAACUCGUUCGGCCGACGGAAAAUAAGUCGGUUAAGCCGUUGUUGGAGGUCAAGUAUAAGGUUUUCCUGGAGCAGUGUGAGAGACAGAGGGAGUUUAGAAAGAUGAUUGAUGCUGUUACGGGUGAUGCUUGAAAUGGACGAUAGUUGACUGUGGCUAGAAGGUAAUGGAAUGGUAUUUGUAUAUAUAUACAUUGGACCUCGGUGGAAAGAUAUAGCAUCAUAGCAUCAUCGGCAUCGGGAUAAGAGUUGGACUAUUUCCUAUCGCUUUGUGGGCUCCUGUGGGUCUGUGGUGGAAAUGGAUGGGUGACAUAGCAUAUCCAUCGGUCAAAGUCCCACGUUGUCGUCAACUCGGCAUUCAAUGGAUCAUCUGACCAUGUAGUCACCAAGGUAGUCAGUACAUGGUAGUAUAUAGUAUAUAGUUGGUUAGUGAGAAAGUAUAAAGAAGAGCGCUGUGAUAUAAAUA